AAUAUCCUCUUCGAGACGGCUAAACUGUCGUAUAUGUUUGGAAGAAGACAACGAGAUCAACAUGAUUUCACCGUGUGAAUGCCGCGGUUCCGUAGAAUUUGUGCAUGAACGAUGUCUGCAGCAUUGGUUUGAAGUGAUGCACACACGACGCUGUCAAAUAUGCAAAACGGAGUACGAGCUAGAAGACCGCGGGAUGAAGCCGUACACGGAAUGGACACUGCCUGCACCACUGAGCGACGACUGGGAGGAUCAGCUCGACUUCAAAUGCGCCCUGUUUUGGCUUGUAUUCAUGUCACGCAUUACAUACGUGGUACUCAAGUAAGC